GCAUGACGUUCUGAAACGGCAUGUUGGCGCGGCAGACAACAAGACUAUCCACAAGUGGCGCCACGCAAUAUGCUCCUGCACGUGCCGCAGGAAUCAAUGCUCUUCGAAAUGCUCGCAGAUAUGCCUCUGCAACGGCCGAGCCGUGGUUCAAGGCAGGUCUGUCGUUCUCGUGUACGAAAUGCGGGAACUGCUGCUCCGGGACUAAGGGGCAAGUGCGUUUUUUGGACUCGGAGGUGGAUGCCAUGGCGACGAAAAUGGACACGUCGGUGCCAGAGUUUCUUCAAAAGUAUGCGCGGCGGCAAGGCCGUGGAGCAAAAUCAUUUUUCCAACUCAAACAGAAACGAACGUCCGACGGCUUCGACUGCAUCUUCCUCGACCGCAAACUCGUCAAGGGCAAGGCCGUGUGCUCUCUGUACCACGCCCGCCCAAUGCAAUGCCGAACUUGGCCGUACUGGCCAGAGAAUCUCGAGACCAGACAGACGUGGGAGCGACUGAAGUCCGCGAAGGAAGGGUGCCCUGGCAUUCUCAAAGGACCGUCGAUUCCAGCAGAAGAAGUGCAGCACCAUCGUGAUGCCAUGGAGCACUGGCGCAAAGCCGUGGACGUACCGACCACUCUGAAGUAAUGUGGCAUACUUCCGCUGAUGCGCCUGGGACUUGCAUCCAGUAAUCCAUCCCAUGAUGUCCCUCCGUCUUCGAGCCGUGCGCAAUGCUCGUUGAAAUGACGCUGUGGUCUCCGCCCAUGCGCAAUGCACACGCCAUCGUACACGACAUCAUCUUGCACGCAUGCAGAUCUACUUAGAGAACAACGCUCGUAUCAAGUCUGGGUUUUUGCGGUCGGUUCAUCGCCAGGGACGGCAAGCUGCCUUGAAAGCUGUUGGUUGACGCGCUCAAGGCCAGACUUCCCCGCCGAGAGUUUGCGGCUGAAGUGGACAACAUCGAUGACGUGCACAG